GAAUCCUUGUCGCAACGGUAGGCCGGGGAUGCUGAGUUAGGUCAGGAACACUAGGCAAAAGUAACUUUUAUAAGUAACGACCUAUUCUCUUUCCUCGUCCUCGGGUGAAGCUUCCGAGUCAUGCCGACACCAAUAAUCACUGCCCGUAUAGACUUUUCUUUUGUUAUUUUCCAUAAACAAGACAUUGAGUCAUAACGCCGGCAGCGGAUAAGUCCAACUUCUCUUCCAUACUAUACGGAAGUUCUGGCGUGAUUGAUAGAUCAUCAGAUUCCUCGCCAUUUCUCACAGCGAAAUCAAACAGCGUCAUCUAAACACAUCAGGUGUAAUGGCUACUAUGAAAGCGGUUGGUGUAUCUGCCUAUGGCUCCAUCGACAAUUUCGAAGCCCGCGAGAUUCCUCGACCUGCAAGUCCGACGGGGCGUGAUGUUCUUAUCAAGGUCAAGGCUUGCUCUGUCAAUCCAAUCGACACCAAGAUCCGGGCUGGCAUCUACGACGACGCACCAGAUUACUACAAGUUUGCCCCCAAAGGCUUCCACAUCAUUGGAUACGAUGGUGCUGGGACUGUUCUGGAAGUUGGCCCGGACUGCAAAUUCUUCAAGCCCGGCGAUGACAUUUCGUGGGUUGGAGCGACAACUCGCCAGGGCAGUAAUGCAGAGUACCAGCUCGUCAGCGAAUUUCACUGCGCUCACAAACCCAAGUCGGUCGACUUUGUCGAAGCAGCGAGCUUUGGCUUGACUUUUGGAACAGCCUAUCAGUCCCUGCACCACCGACUUGAGAUUAAACCCAAUGAGAAUGUCGGAAUACUGAUUAUCAAUGGUGGCGGCGGAGUAGGCAGUGCUGCUAUCCAGCUGGCACGCAACGUCUUGAACCUGCCAGCAGUGGUUGCUACUGCGUCUCGACAAGAAACUAUGGAUUCUUGUAAGCGAAUGGGCGCCACUCAUGUAGUCAACCACCGGCAUGAUCUUGUGGAACAAGUCAAAGCCUUGAACCUAGACGUCCCGAUCAAAUAUGUCUACAUCCUGGCAAAUACUGAACAAUAUGUUGAUGCCAUCGCCAAAAUCUGCGCACCCUUCGGCAAGGUUUGCACCAUUGUCCAGGCUGACGUCAGUCUCUACGGAACCGAGUUCAUGUCCAAGUCAAUGACCUUCUCCUGGGACUGGCUCGGCUCUGCGGCGUAUCAUCGCACCAAUGUUGAAGGCUAUCACGACAUGUUUACAACCUUGUCGCGCCUGAUAGAUGAGCGAAAGCUUGUCCCCACUCUUGGCAAGCGGUACAAGUUGACUCUUGCAGGUCUAAAGGAAGCCCAUCGCCAAAUCGAGUCUAAGACCACUGUAGGUAAGAUUGGUCUUGGCGUGAACGAGCCGGGUGAGGGUGUUCCCUUUGCUUGAGGUAGUUCAUGGCCUUAGCAAGGGACUUAGAGCACGAAACCGACGUCAUUACUUAGGAUAGAUUUGACCUACAUCAAAUAGAUAUGCCUUAAUUGAACUUUGGUACCACUGUCUGUACAGGAAGUACCACCACUGA